CCGUCGACGUUGCCGUUGUCAUUGUCAUUGGCGUUGUGGCCGUGUCCUCGAGUGUUGUCAUCGUAGUAGGCAAACGAGGACAAUGCUUGGCUGGUGCGUUUGACUUUGUGUUUAACCGAGCCGAUGGUGCUAGUGCUAAUAACUCAGCUCUUCGGUGUCCCCUCGUUGACAGUGGCCAGGCAAAUAGAGGACGCUACGGCUUCUUGAGCUUCUUACUUUCCUCGCAUCCUCCGUCCUCUUGUGUCGCCUCUCGGCACAAUCGCGCGCUACGAGGUGAGGGAAAAGGACUAAGGCCGCGAAGAUGGGCUCCCUCGUGCUCAAGUCGCUCUCCAUCCUGCUGGGCAUCUUUUUCGUCUUCGUCGGCACUAUGAAGUUGACUUCCCAUAUAAGCAAGGACCUGCACAAGGACCUAAGAAAGGACUACGUAAAGUACGCCAAGGUCUUCCCACUGGCUGGCACCCUGGACUUCAAGGUGCCGAGCAAGUGGUACAGACGGGUCGUUGGCGCAUUGGAGAUUGUCUGCGGGCUGGCCAUGGCCCUGAUACCUAACUAUAAAAUCAAGAAUGCCUGCAACGGGGUUCUCCUUUUUCUUAUGCUAAUGGCUGUUUACUCUCAUUAUAUGGUUAACAAUAAAUUUGAGAAAAUUGCACCUGCACUGGUAUUUUUUUUCAUGUUAACCGGCCGUUUGGUAAUAGAUUGGCAGCUAAGACGCAAAAAUGAUCUAAUUACAACAGCUAAUGGAGUAGACGACAAAGCGAAAAAGCAAGACUGAAGCUGUUGUUACCUUAGGGUGACAAGAAAAAAUAAAAAAUAAAAUAAUAAUAAUGAUGCUCUUAAGCCCAUUUAACGAGUGAACUAUAUAAAAGUGCGUUAAAAGUGAUACUUUUGUAAUGACAGCUCAUAAAAAAAGCACUUAAAAAGUAAAAACGAGAGAAGCAACUUAGUCAUUUAAUUAGUAAAAGCCUUGUCUAUGGAAAAAUUGAAAUAGGAAACUUCAUUAUUAUACAUUCGUACGAUUAGCAAUACGACUUCUUAAUAAGCGAUCGAUGAACCGAGUUAAUUGUAGGCUUUUUAUAAACGAGUAUUUAUAAAAUGAAUUAAAUUCGAAAUCAAUCUAGUCAAAGACAUUUAUUUGUUGCGACUUCAACCAAAAAAAUGUAUAUUGAUCUUCCUUUUACGAGUGUGCUGCGAAAUUUACCAGAAUAUAUACGAUU